ACCCACUGUGACCCUGAGACCAAGCUGGCCUCUCAUAUACAAAGGUGAGAAAGUUGUUCUCCGGUGUGAGAUCCCAGGAGGAGAAGGAUCUCAGUGGAUGUAUGAAUGGAGAACAGCCAGGUUAAAUGAAGGUCAAACAUCCAAUGAAAACAUUACCAUAGCUUCAGUUACUGAGUCUCACAGUGGAGAAUACAGCUGCAGAGGAACAAGUGGCGAUGGCUCAACAUCCUGGAGCGAUGUUGUCGUAUUAACUGUGUAUAAACUCUCUGUGUCUCCAUCAUGGCUGAGUCCUGGAGCCUCAGUGACUCUGAGCUGUGAGGUUCAACAUCCACCUGCAGGAACCAGGUUCUUCUGGUAUAAAGCUGUUCCUAAACCAUUAAACAUCUUCUACAACUAUGAGCUGCUGCCUGGCAGCUCCAAUGGGACUGAUGAGAACGUCUACAUUGUUCAUGGACUCAAUAACACAGCAGGUUAUGUGUGUGAAGCAGGAAGUGGAAAACCAAAAUACAGAGAUCCAACUUUUGUCUGGUCAGCAGAUCCUCGUCCAGCAGCUUCUCUCUCAGUGAAUCCUGACAGAGUUCAACACUUCAGAUCUGAAUCUGUGACUCUGAGCUGUGAGGGAAACUCUGCUGAGUGGAGAGUGAUGAGGGUUACAGAAAUAGGCUACUUGUCAGACUGCUCUGACUCGGGGAAAAUGAGUGGAUCUACAUGCACCAUCAACAUGAACCAGUCUGAUAGUGGAGUUUACUGGUGUGAGUCUGGAUCAGGAGAGUUCAGCAAUGCUGUCAACAUCACUGUACAGGACAUUAAGAAUAAUGUAAUCCUGCUGAGUCCUGUUCAUCCUGUGACUGAGGGAGAUCCUGUUACUCUGAGCUGCAGAGAUAAAAAACAACAACUUCUCUCCAAUGUGUUUUUCUAUCAUAAUGAUAAACUCCUCCAUAAUGACAGCAGAGGGGAGCUGAAGAUCUCUGCAGUGUCAAAGUCAGAUGAAGGUUUCUACAAAUGUCAACAUUCAGGAAAAGAUUCACCAAGAAGCUGGAUGUCUGUUAGAGUAACUGUAUCCAGUUCUCUCAGCUCUUCAUUUUCUCUGAUGUUGAUCGUUGGACCAGUUGUUGGAGUCGUUCUCUUUAUUCUCUUUAUUCUCAUCAUUCUCCUGCUGUCAUGGUGGCGCUGCAGUCGGUUCAAAUGUGAGACUUUUUUCUUCUCAUUGUUGUGGGAUGUGAAGUGA